AUGGUAUCCUCAUGUAUCCUCCCAUUGGGUCAUCCCAUCUCCACCCCUGCAGCAUCUCCGCUCAAACUGGCCGAGUUGGCAUUGACGGGUGUUCCUUUGCAGCCUCGUUGCAGCAUGCGCGCUUUGGUGGUUCUCCUACUUAUCCAGUCUGUGUGGGCUCAGCUUUUCGAGCUGUUCAAUCCCGACACAGGGAGCACAACAGCAACCAAAGCCCUUCGCGGCAACAGCACUGCCGUGACCUCGACUGCAGUUCCUGGUGUCGAGGGACGAGUGCAAGCCCGGAGGCUGGCCCGGACAAAUCGGAAGGGCAAGAAGCGAUCAAGCCAAAACUUUGUUGAUGAAGAGCAGGGCAAUGGCAAGGGCGCCGUGGAUGAGAAGAAGGCGCAAGCGGCCGCUGCAGGGGCAGCAGUCUUCGUUGCUGCAACCUUGGGCAACGACCUCCUUAAACUGAGCAUGGGCAUGGACAUUUAUGGUGAUCCCGAGGAAACCGAUGACGGCAUCUUCGCCGCUCCUUUGUACUUCCUCGACACCUUCCAUGGGUUGAUGACUGACGCCGCCUGA